AUGGCAUCAUCAGCAAAUCAACCAUUACAUCCAAAUGCCUAUGCAUAUCACGAUAAAGAUGUAGCUUUUAAAUACUCUAAUGCACGUCCAAGUUAUCCUAUCGAAGCUAUAAAAUUCAUUGAAAAUGAAUUAAAUCUUUCAAAAGACUCUGUCAUUAUUGACCUUGCAGCUGGCACUGGUAAAUUCUCAUCAUUAAUUGCACAAGCAGGCUACAAAAACAUUACAUGUGUUGAACCAUCAGGUGAAUUUAGAGAUACUUGUAGAGAUAUUUUAGAAAAUAUUAAAACUGAACAAAAAGAAUUAGACUAUAAGGUACUAGAAGGCUUUUCUACUUCGAUCCCAGCUCAAGAUAAUUCAGUUGAUGUCAUCUUCUCAGUUCAAGCUUUUCAUUGGUUUGCAAAUGCUGAAAGUAUUAAAGAAAUUUCACGUGUAUUAAAACCAAAUGGUAUUUUAUUUUUAAUGUGGAAUGUUUUUGAUAAUGAAGCCAACAGUGAAUUCCAACCACUCCUUUCUUUAUUUAGAGGUGGCAACGGUCAAAAAUCAGAACUCAUGACAUCUCCAUUCAGCCAAUCUUAUGAAUGGAUGAACAUUUUCAAAGAUAAUGAAUCAAAUGAAGAGUUUAAAAAACUUAUUAAUCCAGUACUAGAGAAAAAAACUUUCAACUAUCAACAUUUAACCAACACUGAAAAAACAAUCAUGGCCAUGCAAUCAAUUAGCUUUAUUGCCGUUUUACCUACUGAAAAAAGAGAUGCUUUAUUAGAAAAAAUGAGAGCCGCCUUAAACAGCCUCGAAUCCACCAAAGAUGGUAAAGAAUUUAACAUUCACUACAAAACUGAAGUAUAUAUUACAAAAAAACCAUCAAAUUAA